AAUCAGAUGGUGGUUUUUAUCCUUCCAGCUUGGGACUCUGACCUGAUGCAAUUUAUGAUGUGGCCCUGAGCAUUGUUGCAGCAGAACAGGACAGCUACUUGGUUUCAUUCCUGUUCCGUGGAAGAAUGGAAGAAGCCGAACUGCUGAAAGAAAGAUUGCAGGCCAUCACAGACAAGAGGAAACUGCAAGAAGAAAUCACACAGAAACGCCUUAAAGUAGAAGAAGAAAAACUAAAACAUCAGCACUUGAAGAAAAAAGCUCUGCGUGAAAAAUGGCUCUGGGAUGGAUUAAAUACAUUUACUCCAAAAGAACAGGAAGAAAUGCAAAACCAGAGUCGAGAGGAUCAACAACGGAUGAGUGAGCUGGAACAAAAUAUCCUGAGACUUGAGGAAGAAAUUGAAAAUCUCGAGAAAGAGGAACUGACAAUCUCCGCUAAAGAAAAGGCCAUAUUAAAGAAGCUUAAAUCAGUUGAAAGGACCACAGAGGAUAUUAUAAAGUCUGUGAAGGUGGAAAGAGUAGAGACUAAAGAAGAACCUGCUGACUACAUAUAUGCCAACAUACCAGAUCUUCCCAAAUCUUUCAGACCAUCUGCACUUAAAAGAACAGGGCACAUAGAAACAGAAGAUGAUGAAGAAAACCGGAAAGCCCUGUUUGCUAUGGAAAUCAAAGUUGAAAAAGACAUGAAGACUGGGGAAAGCACAGUUUUAUCAACAAUACCACUUCCGUCAGAUGAAUUUAAAAGUGCAGGAGUGAAAGUGUAUGAUGAUGGCCGAAAGUCUAUUUAUGCAGUAUGUGCCAACGGAAGCGUCAAAAACAAUGAAGUGGAUGACCUUGCCCCUGUUGAAGUGGAGGACCUCUUAAGACAAGCAACUGAAAAACAGUCCAAAUCACCCACUGAAUAUCAUGAGCCAGUAUAUGCAAACCAGUUUUGCAGACCCACAACUCCUCAGAAGGAUAAGUUAGCCCAGGGACUGAAUGGUGACAAAGGUGCUACUCCAAGUAAGAUUAACAGACUUGACUAUUUUUUAAAUGAACCUACCAGUACUAGAGACAAACUGCCUCACACCAAAGAAAAUGGUCUAGAUCAUUCAAAGAGUGAUCAGAAAAAUCUUCACUCCCCAGGUCUUCAGCAAGCAGGAGGUUCUCUACCAAUCAGUCCUCCAAACAAGGUAGCAACAAAUGUUCAAAGGGAAAUUAUACAAGAAGCUGUUGGCAAGAUGAGAGAAAACCAACAAGAUCCAUAUCUGAGAAAAACUGUAAACACUAAUGAAAGGCCUUCUCCUAUAACACUAAAAAGUGAUGAAGAUUCUAGUUACAGUGUAGUCCAAGCUGUACCAUGUUACGUGGAUGACACAGAACCUGUUACAAUGAUUUUUAUGGGAUACCAGCAAGUGGAUGAUGAAGAACUCAAUAAAACUGUCUGUGGAUAUGAUGGGAUUAUCCAUGCAGAACUUGUUGUCAUCGAUGAUGAUGAUGGAGAGGAAGAGGACAGCAAGGAGAACAAUAAAGCUGAGACACCCUUGUAUCAUCCAGUGGGUCCUUACAGCCAGGUCUACCAGCCACCCAGCCAAACAGGAGCAACUCGACAGGGAAACACCAACAAAAUUGCUGGUGACAAUACAAAUGACUCACCUUACAAAAAUUCCAUUUCACUCAAGGAACAAGAGGAAAGUUUAAGCCACUCUACCUACAAUGGUCAACUCGAUAGCCAGUUAGCAGGUGAUGGAACUGAAGAUCCCUCCUUAACAGCUCUGAGAAUGAGAAUGGCAAAACUGGGGAAAAGGGUGAUUUAACAUCUGUAGCGGAAUAAUGCUAAGUAUCUGGAUGUGUGAUAUGAACCAAAAGAAGAAUUUUCUACAUUUUUGUCCUGGGUGGCUUUUGCUUAUUCAGAUAUACAUACAUAGGAAUAAUGGCACUUUAUAUGGAAGAAAAAUGGACAGCGAUAAAAUUUGCCACUCCAGAUCCAUAAUAAUUUAAAAUUUGGAGGCCCUUUUAAGGAUGACUGGUAAGAAUAAUUGGAAAUUUUCAGUGUUAAGAUUUGUUCUAGGAACCUAAGAGCCAGUAUCUUGAACACACACACACACACCCUUAACAACAUGUGUUACUACAUCAGGGAUGGACAAUUGUGGAAUCACAGGGGACCACGUUAGCCUCCCAGGGGAACUUCAAGGGUCGCAGCCUCUCAAUACACCAGCUCCUGAAAAGAAUAAACUUGUUUUGCCUUUAGGCAAACCACUUCUUAUUUACUUCCUCUAUCAAAAAAAGGCUUUUCCUUGUCCUAAAUUGGUCCAGGGUGGUCCCAAAACAUGGUGGAAACAUGGUAGUAAUGCGGGGGCAAAACCAUUUUUGGAAAAUUAUUUUUGGGAAAAAGUUGGUCAUGUUGCUCUGGGGUGCCCAGGAGCUUCCAAACAUGGUAGAUCUGCCCUCUACCCGCCCUAGAGAGAUUUGGGUGGGCAUUUUGGAGCAAACAAAAAUUGCUCACACAAAAACUGGUUUCCUGUAGGGUCACAAAAAUGACCCAGAAGCACAUGUAGCCAACUCUGUGUUACAGUAUAACUUUUGUAUUUUCUAAAACCACUUACUUGGCCAGAUACAGACUAGAGUUCAUCAUGACAUUUGCAAUUAUCACAGUCCAUCCAUCCCUUCACCUUAGAGGUCAGGCAAAUAUGUUUUUUGUUGUUUGAUUCUUACUGACUAGAAGAGAAAGGGAAUGUUAAAGAGGUAACUGGCAACUACCAGCCUGAAGACAGGAGGAACUUUAUUCCAGCAGCCAGCUUUGGUUGAAAUUAUUCUUACCUAACUAGAUGCACCUACCUGCUUAAGAACUUUUGUCUUCCGUAGAGCUAACUGGUUUUACUAGAGGCUAUGUUUCAAGUUUCAGCCUGCUUCAUAUUAACAAAGUACAUAUAUUUGCAAGGGGGAGCUAAAUGAAAUAACAGAUUAUGCUUUCAAAUCUUAGAUUUCUAUUUGCCCCAGGAAAUUUAGGCUCAUGUGGAUCUUUUUUAUGUGUUCAACUUGGCCACCGUGUCCAAAAAGAGCUAACUGCUAUUAAACCUGAGCAAGAGCACCACACAGUGUCUCCAUAGUGGAAGUGGCAUUCCUAACAUUCUGUUUUAUAUGAAACCAAUACUAAACGUGACAACACUGCCCCUUCUCUACAAAAGACAGAAAUGACAACAAGGAAAGAUGGAUUAGUUCUGGGGUCCAGCCUCAGAAAUGUAUCAACAGUAUACCUUGUGAAAGACUUUGGCUUUAUUUUAUUAAAGGAAGGAGGAUAC